GAGAGCACACGAACAAGUCGAACUUCGCGCAGUCAAGCGCACCAAGAACGCAACUAAGCACGGGCUUGGCAGGCUUUGCAACGGCAGCCGUGGCAGCAGGAGCGAGCGAUCCCCGUUGGCGCUGCUGUGGAGCGUCAUUGCCCUCCUCCACUCUCCAUAUGGAGUGUGUGGCUCCAUCAUUCCUUCCACACGCACGUCGGCGUCACUGCCGAUCAGCGGCGUCGCGUUGCCAGACAUGACCGCCCUUUAUAUACUGCUCGCGUGCCCCCGCCCACCGUGCUGCGAUGUGAUCGUGGAGCAGCUGUCGAGGGCACAGCAUAGCACAGCAUCUCAUAUCUCGCCACAGCGUGUCGCCCAGCAUGCCCAAGAACACGCAUUUCACCGACGACGCGCCCGCCGUCAUCAACCAGGCUGACCUGGAUCAUGCCAACGAGAAGCUACACCGCGAGAACGACGAUGAUCAGCAUUCCGACAAGACCACUUCCGAUCGCGACCAUGUCGACAACCACCAGGACCACAGCGCGAACCGCAAUGGCGAGAAGCUCGAACAGCUCGGCACCUACGACAAGUACGAGCUCACAGAGGAGGACUGCUACCAGGAGCUGGGCUUCUGCUUCCCGUCUUGGAAGAAGUGGUACAUUCUCAGUGUGAUCUUCAUUGUCCAGGUCUCCAUGAACUUCAACACCUCGCUCUACUCCAAUGCCAUUCCCGGCAUCAGCGAAGAGUUUGGCGUCAGCGCGCAAGCUGCUCGAUGCGGUGCCAUGAUCUUCCUCGUCCUAUACGCGUUCGGCUGUGAACUGUGGGCACCUUGGUCAGAAGAGUUUGGACGCUGGCCUAUCCUCCAGCUGUCGUUGUUCCUAGUCAACAUUUGGCAACUUCCCGUCGCCCUCGCUCCCAACUUCGCCACCAUCAUGGUCGGUCGUGCUCUCGGUGGUCUGUCUUCUGCUGGAGGCUCCGUCACUUUGGGUAUGAUUGCAGACAUGUGGGAGUCGGAUAAUCAACAAUAUGCAGUGGCCUUCGUCGUCUUCUCUUCAGUCGGCGGUUCUAUUCUGGGUCCUAUCGUUGGCGGAUUCAGUGAAGCCUACCUGGACUGGAGAUGGUCCAUCUGGAUCCAGCUCAUCUUUGGAGGUGCCGUCCAACUUCUCCACGCAGCCACAGUGCCGGAAACACGAACGACCAUCAUGAUGAACCGCAUCGCAAAGAAGCGAAGAAAGCAAAACCCAGACGCGAAUGUGUGGGGACCUGAUGAGCUGGUGCCAUUCAAGGAGAGGUUCUCCGCCAAAGAAAUUUUGGUGACCUGGAUUCGCCCGUUCAAGAUGUUCUUGACAGAGCCCAUCGUAUUGGUACUCUCCUUGCUCUCCGGCUUCUCUGACGCUCUGAUCUUCAUGUUCAUCCAAUCCUUUGCAUUGGUCUACGAUCAAUGGGGUUUCUCCACUGUGCAGAUCGGAUUGGCCUUCAUCCCCAUUGGUGUGGGCUAUGUUCUCGCCUGGAUCUUCUUCAUCCCUGCCAUCAGGCGUAACAUCAAAGAACGCCAGGCCAAGCCGGAUGACGAGCGAGCGCAGUAUGAGUCGAGGCUGUGGCUAUUGUUGUAUCUGGCACCCUGCCUGCCCAUCGGUCUCAUUGGCUUUGCCUGGACUAUUCAAGGACCACCAAUUCAUUGGAUCGGCUCCAUGAUCUUCGCCGCAAUCGUGGGCAUCGCGAACUAUGCCAUCUAUAUGGCGACCAUCGACUACAUGAUUUGCGCGUACGGCCCAUACUCCGCAUCUGCCACUGGUGGCAACGGUUGGGCACGAGACUUCCUGGCUGGUGUGCUGACAGUCCCUGCCACGCCAUUCUUCACGAAUAUCAGUCCUCCGAAUAAUCUGGAAUACGCGAGUACCAUCUUGUUCUGCAUUUCCUUCCUGCUUGUGGCAGCUGUUUACGUAAUCUACUGGAAGGGUCCUACACUCCGGAAGAGAUCUCCAUUCGCACAACAGUUGGCUGCCGUUAGGAACGAAAGCGUGGACCACGGAGGCACAGGAGGCAGACGAUUGAGUUACAUUGCCAACUCCCGAAGAGCCAGUGCAGCGGCUGGCCGUCCCGGACUCAACGAGCGCUCCUACUCACAAUCACAACGAUUCUUUGGCGAGACUCGUGUCACGCCACGCGGUACGCCGACAGCAUCAAGAAAGAACAGUGUUGUGAGAUGAGACCAUUUUGUCUCGAUAUGACUAGCUCGAUUCAUGACAUGUACAGUUGUAUAGACGAAACAUAACACGCAAUACAUUGUUGAGUCAUUGCCAGGUCUUCUCUGCGACUCUCAUUCAUGCCUGGUACCCAGGUUGUCGAACAGCCCACCGUUCGCCUUUCACUGACCAAGCUCUCGGAU